AUGUCCAUGUUGCGCAUCCCAUACCUGGAGGUGCACACGGAAGACGGCCGUCGGUCGCGGGCCAAACGCAACGUGCUGGGCAAGGACUGCGACGAUAACUCGAAAGAGCAGCUGUGCUGCCGGUUCCCACUGACGGUGGACUUCGAGGAAUUCGGCUGGGACUGGAUCAUUGCGCCCAAAAAGUACGAGGCCAACUACUGUUCGGGAGAGUGUCCGAUGGUGUUCCUGCAAAAGCAUCCGCACACCCACCUCGCCCAGCUCACCAACAAGUCGGGCACGUACCCGGGCACCGGUCCGUGCUGCGCUCCCCGCAAGAUGUCCGCCAUAUCUAUGUUGUACUUCGACCAGGACUACAACAUCAUUUACGGCUUGUUGCCCGGAAUGGUGGUGGACAGGUGCGGAUGCAGUUAG